AUGCGAAUAACAACUUUAUCUCAAUUCGGAUUUCAUUCAAGGUACCACAAAAUGGGUUCGAAGAUAUGUCGGAGGUGUUUACCCACAGUUUUCAUUGUGGUAGUGCUUCUUUUCACAUCUUUCUAUUUCUAUGUUAACAUGAAUAUAAGCAAGGAAGUUAUGAGUAAAUCACUAUUCAUCAUAGCGCUUUGCAUAUAUUUCACUUAUCUGUUCACCUGCGCAGCUCAGAAUCUCAUAGAUGAGUCCGAGCAGCUUUAUCUCGAUUUGUGUGCCUGUCCUUGGUUCUUAUGGAAUAAAUCGAAUAAAUCGAUAUACUUCAUGUUCCUCAUACAUGCUAAAGAACCUCUCACUGUGCGAUCCUUCGGCUUGGAAUAUAGUUAUGCCGUCAUAGUUCGGUUGGCUAAAACUACCAUGUCUCUACUGACCGCUCUCCAGGAGCUAACCUCUUGAAUUCCGAUAUGAUACAAAUGCUGAAGAAGGAAUUGAAUAAGUCAUAAUUCACGAUUUUUCAAGAUGCACCCAGAAAUUUGUUCAGAUCUGUACUAAUAAACUUCAUUGAGAAAAUAAUAGUAGCCUUUUAUUACAGUCUCUGAGCAAAUCCCAGAUAAGUCAACUAAGCAACUGUUGACGGAUUUCGGGAUCAUUGUCCCUCAUCGGAACAGUGUUGCGUUUUAACGUGUCGACUUUUCUGGAAUUUCCUAAUGUCUAGCUCGCAUUAUUGGAACCACAAUUCUUCGGAAAUUAUGACCUCCUAUCUUUUCUGCAACCGUCGCUCGAAUCUGACGCUGCUUGGUUUUCCACGAAACAAUUGGGGGUUCUUUCUCUUUACUACACAAACGAAUUGACCGCUUAUUCGAAUUUGAAACACUUCCUCCUUCGAUUCAUUACAGGUGGCGACGCAGUACCAAGAGAACUAUACACCGGCAUCGGUACUGUCCUCGAGUUCAAAUACGGCAACCGUCUCAGCAACGUUUUCAAGAAAAA